AGCUGUACAACUUCGGCAGUGUGCUGUUCGGCAUGCAGCCAUUCGCCAUCGCAGCGGACGGGCAGCACACACGCAUGGGCGCACUGCAGGGCUCGCCAGAGGUGGCACUCGUGCUUCCCACCCGCCCCCAAUCCCAUCCCCCUUCUCCCUUCCAAAACUGUCCCAACUCCCGUUCUGCCCCCACCGCUGCUUGUCCCCGCACACCUCCCGCACCUGUCCUCUCUUCCUGCCCGCCUUCCCCACGCCACACUCCACCAGAGCUGUACAACUUCGGCAGUGUGCUGUUCGGCAUGCAGCCUUUCGCCAUCGCAGCAGACAGGCAGCACACGCGCAUGGGCGCGCUGCAGGGCUCGCCAGAGGUUGCUCUCGUGCACGACUGCGCCAUGUCGUCCCGCUUCCUCGUCUUCACCAUCCCUCCUUACGCCGCCUCUGCUGGAGACGUUGCUCAGAUGCCAGCAGGGCAGCAGUCGCUGGGCAACAGGCUCACGUACGACGAGUCUCCGUGCAUCCCAACAAUCCACCAUCCCACCAUACUCGUUUUCUUUUAUCUUUCCAUGUGCCCCCCUUCUUCCCUAUCCCAAUCACGUGCAGAUGCUAGCAGGGAAGGGAAGCAGUCGCUGGGCAACAGGUUCACGUACGACGAGGCUCCGUGCAUCUCAACACAACAACAUCCCACCAUAUUUGCCUUCUUUCGUUUUCCAUGUGCCCUCUUCGUCCCUUGUCCCCUGCAGAUGCUAGCAGGGAAGCAGUCAUUGGGCAACAGGUUCACAUACGACGAGUCAAAGCCCACUCGAGUGGUGGUGGUGGGAAAGGAGAGCCUGUCCGUGGAGGUGCAGAUGGACGUGUGGCCGCCCUUCUCCAACUACCACUUCUGCAACGCUUAUGAGGAUGGGGACAAGUUGCAUGUGCUCUUGACUGUCCUUGACGGCCCACGGGAUGGGUUGGAGGGAGUUUUCAAGGACAUGUAUGGAGAAUCAUGGCAGCGCAACAACCAAUGCUCUGUCUGGGAGCUUGUCAUUGACACCAACACCUGGGACCUUCUCUCCCGCCGCCGAGCCAUGCACUCCGAACCUGGCACGCGAGGUCCAGUGCUAGGCAUGGAGUUUGCCGUGGUUAACCCUGCUUUUACCAGCAGGAAGAGCAGGUAUUUGUAUGUGCUGGGGUCCAUGCCUGAGAGGGAUAGGGAGGAGCUGUGGAGCAACGGCGGCUUGGGAGAUGGCGUGUGGUAUGGAGGAGCAGGAGUGAAGGGCGAGGAGGAUGGGGAGGGGGAGGAGGAAGCGGAGGGAGAGGAAGGGGAGGAGGGGAGGGAGGAAGAGGGUGGGGAGGAGGAAGGGAAGAAGAUGGCUGAGUAUGGGUACUUGAACUGUAUUCAGAAGUACGAUCUGAAGACGAAGCAAGUAACCACUCACGUCACACCACCUGGCUGCUACGUCAACGAGUGCAGCUUCAUUCCGAACAGUGGCACUGAUAACGAGGACGCCAGUAAGGAGGACGAGGGGUAUCUGGCUGCAUUUGUGUAUGAUGCAGCGCGGCACAGGUCGCAUGUGGUGGUGCUGGACGCGAGAGAUGUGGCAGCAGCCCCAGUGGCAGUGGUGCAUUUACAGUCACAUGUGCCAUUCCAUUUCCAUGGCACCUGGGCUGGCAAGGCUACCAUGCUGUGA